UGUCCAAAAGAUUUCGCCACUACAAAGAAUGUGGGCCAUAUAGGCAUAAAUUAUUUCUUCAACAAUUCUCUCACUCUGUAAAUACAUUGAGGCUUCAAUAUGAGAGAUUUAAGCAAUUAAUAGUAAACCAGACUUUGUAUGUGUCCCAUUUGUGUUCUUGAUGGCAAUGCGAUAGUAAUACAAAAGCAACACAGCUAAAUUGAAUAUUGCCUGUAAACAGUGGUUUAAUACAUCAUGGCAGAUGGGAACAACCCAACCGAUGAUCCUCCUGUUGUGGGCGAUGAUGUGGGAAUUGAUCCCCAAACACUGGAGAUCGCUCGCAUUUUACGGUCACUGGAUGAGGAGAUUACAGAGGAAAAAAGUAUGCCAUUGCUAAAAGAAAUAAUCACACAAAUUGCCCAUGAGUCAGUCCAUGAUAGAAAUUACAAUGUUUUGACAGAUUAUAUGAGGCGCUUUGUCAAUGUUCUUGGCUUUAGUGUACAGUUUUCAGUUAGUAAGACCAAAGAGAUCAUUAAAAUACUGCUUAAAAUCUGGAAUGAACCAAAUGUGGCAAGGUAUGUGAUGCAAGAAGUUUACAAGGAGGAUAUUGAUGCUGCUGAAAAACCAUUUGACCCAGAUAAGAUCCCAAAUGCUGUGAAACAGUUGGAUGACAAAGCCAUCAAGAUUUUUUUUAAAGCAUUACAAGAUGGAGAGGAAGAAGUUAAGAAUAUACGCCUGAUGGUUGUUGGCAUGUUUGGUGUGGGGAAGACUUCACUUGUGAACAAUCUGAUUAAAGACUUCCGAGAUAAAAACAUUAUUCCUCCAAGCACAGAAGGUAUUGAUCUUCACAGGUGUCAAGUGAUGGAAGAUGGGGAUUGGUGUUUGGAUACAAAAUACAAGUUACAGAAAUAUAAAAAUAGGAUGGAAAGUGCGUUCAACAAAAUUCCAUUGAACACUAAUUUAGCAACUGCUUCUACUGAUUACACUGAUAGCAUAGAAGGUUUGCCUGUAAAAGAACAAAUAGAUGCUGAUGUUCCUGACAAUCAAAUACAAACUGAACCAGAAAAAAUGAACAAUAAUAGGGACUAUACUGAACAACAUGUAAAAGAUGAGUUUGUACAAAACUAUUUACCAUUGGUACAAAAGAUGAACGAAAACAAAGAUGAACCUGUAAAAGACUCGAACGUUCCUCUAGAAAGAAUAAAAACAGAGAUAACUGUUUCUGUUUGGGAUUUUGCAGGCCAGACACUGUACUAUUCUACACAUCAGUUCUUUUUGAAUCAAAGGUCGAUUUACUUAGUGCUAAUGGACAUGACAAAAAGUUUGAAGGACAACGUCAAAGAGUUGGAUGGAAGCGGAAUUUGGUGUGGUUUGGUUAAUGAGUGUACGUAUUUGGAUGUAUUUAAGUUUUGGCUGAAUGCAAUCCACAUGUAUAGUGGUUAUAAGUCAACAACAGGGGAAAUAAACCCAACUGUCAUUUUAGUUGGAACUCGAAAAGAUCAAAUGGAGGGAAAUGAUCAAGACAAAGAAAAAACAAAGGAUAGAUAUUUCAAUAAAGCGCUUUUGUCCUUUGAACGAGAUUCACCAGUAUUAAAUCAUAUUCAUGAGAAGAUAUUCUGAGUGAACAAUUUAUCA